GUGCGCCUGCGCUAUCGGCGUACUGCCUGCCAGCAGCAACAGCGGUAGCAGCCGUGGUGCGACUUGCUGUCGGCUGCAGCGGAAUCCGGAGCGAGCGCUGUUUUUAUCCUUUUUUAAAACAUCCCAAUAGACAUGGUUACAAACGUUUCAGCAUUUUGUUUCGAGGCUGAUCCAAAACGAUAGUAAACAGGUCGGUCCGUGAUGUGCCAUAGCCGGGGAAGUGUUGUUUACUCGAGGUCCAGGUUGAGGCCUACUUGUUAAAGAUCCCCCCCCUCCUCCUCCUCCUCAUCACUUGAGUCUUAUCAUCAUGAUGGCUGAGGAUCAACAACAUCAGAAGCCGAGCCCGGGGACAGGGACUUUGCCAGCCCUUGUUCCGGGGCUGCAAGGGGCCGAGGCCAGUGCUCUGCAGCACAAAAUAAAAAACUCGACUGGUAAGAAAUUAUAUAUAAUAAUCAAAUCAGUACAAUCAAAAGUGGAGAGCAUAUUGCAAGAUGUCGAGAAGUUUACAGACAUCGAAAAACUCUACCUCUACCUUAAGUUGCCUUCUGGUCCCAACAGUGGCAAUGACAAAAGUGAUCAGAGCUCCAUGUCAUCCAGCCGCACUCAGCAAAUGCAUGCGUUUAACUGGAUCCGAAAUCAUCUAGAGGAACACCCAGAAACUUCUCUCCCCAAGCAAGAAGUCUAUGAUGAAUACAAGAGCUAUUGUGACAAUCUCGGCUACCAUCCAUUGAGUGCAGCUGACUUUGGAAAGAUCAUGAAAAAUGUUUUUCCGAACAUGAAGGCACGUCGUCUGGGCAUGAGAGGCAAAUCCAAGUACUGCUACAGUGGACUGAGGAAGAAGGCGUUUGUUCACAUGCCUUCUUUGCCCAAUCUGGACUUUCAUAAAACUGGAGAUGGGCCUGAAGGGAUGGAGUCCUCGGGGCAGCUGCAGAAUGCAGAGGAGGAUGUCCGGUCAGCUGCCUGCGACUUGGUCUGUGAGUGGGCACAGAAAGUGUUGAGUCGUCAGUUCGAUGCGGUUGAGGACCUGGCACGCUUCCUUCUCAACAGCCAUUACAUUGGUACCAAAUCGAUGGCAGCACUCACUGUAAUGACUGGCGCACCUACAGGUAUGAAGACACCAACGCAGACAUCAGCGUUCGUGCCAACAACUGAAACCAAUUCGUUCCAGCCCCAAGUAAAGACUCUGCCCUCGCCCUCUGUGGAUGCCAAACAGCAGCUGCAGCGCAAGAUUCAGAAGAAGCAGCAGGAGCAGAAGCUGCACUCCCCCCUUCCAGGAGAGGCCCAUGGGAGGAGAGUAGAUGGAGGGACGCCAGGGCCGGUCCCCUGCAUUCAUCGGGGGAGCCCAGCACUGCUGUCCCCUCAGCCCACCAUCGGGAUUGUCGUGGCAGCAGUCUCCAGCCCUGUUACGGUACAAAGAAACAGACAGCUGGUGACCUCGCCCAGCCCCGUUGGCACACCUGAAGGCAAAGUCCUUCCUGUAAACUUUCAAGUGGUUGCUCAGCACAUGCAUUCUAUGAAGCAGUCUCCCAAGACCCCUCAAAACAUCCCCGCCAGCCCGAUAGAUCGAUCAGCGCGGCAUCGCUAUCCGCAAAUACUGCCCAAACCUUGUGCCACCAGCGCCCUCACCUUGCGUUCGCCCACCACUGUCCUCAUCACCAACAGCCCCAUCAAGACUGUUGUGCCUACACCUCAUGUGAGCUCGGUGAACGUGGUGAAAAUGACAGCAAUAUCCUUGACACCCAGCAACAGCGGCACGGCCCUCAGGCCUGCUUCUGCCGGCAACAGUGGGACAGGGGCAGCUGAGGAGCCAAGGGCAGGCCUGCAGAUCAGACAUGGUUCUGUGGUCUCUCUCCAGUCUCCUGUAGCAAGGUCCAACAGUGUGACGACCACACCUACCGUUGAGAUCAAAAUGGAGCCUGAAGCCAUAACUGAUGAAAGCCAAACUCUCAGCACAGAAAGGCUGGCUGGGACUCAGGAGGCCUCUGGUGGUCAGGGAGGGGGUUGCGUGAAGCUGAGGGCCAUCAGCGACCCCGCCACUCAGGCCAAGGGAUCCCCAGGAGGAGGUGGUGAGGCUAGACCUGAAGAGACAAGGACAAAAGGCGAUGCAAAGUCCCAUUUGGACAACACUGUGGUAGCCUCCACUGUAAGCAAUAAUAAUCCAAACACUUUCUUUAUUGCAAUCUCCAAUCCAAACACCAGCAUGACUUUAUCAUCCAAUGGCAAUGCUGCAAGUUCUCCCAAGGAAAGCUUGGCCGGUUCCAAGAGCCCACGGAAGCGCUCCACAAGUUUGGCGUCUGAAUCCCAGGCCCCACCUAUCAAGAAAGUCUUUACGUCCCAGCAAUCUACCAUCAGUUUGGAAAGUCAAAAAGUGGGCCUCAGUGCUGCAGUAAAGAAGGUUACAAAAGCAACCCUGCCGGCCAAACCUGACUGCACACCAGCACCUACUCCUGGAAAAGUUACUGUGAAACUCAAUUCAACAGUCCCAACACGAAUCUUAGCUCAGACGCCGUCUGACACUCAAGCUGCAUAUUCCAGCAGCUUUCUGACUGUAGUCAAAUCUCAGUCUUCACAAGACAUCAAAGUUAAAUGUGAUGGAACUCCAUCCAGCAUGGAUACAGGUGCAGGCCCAGGGAUUGGUUCUGAUCAGACGUUAUUGCAGCAUAUCACAGGUAAUCCUCCUGUUGGCCCUGUUAACACGGGCAUGCUGAAAAACUCGGGGGCUAACGACUUGCAGAAAUCCAUGUGGGAGUCGGUGCAGCUUGGAGUCCCACAACAGGAUUACACUGCUCAGCUACAGAGCCACAAGCCCAUUCAGGUUUCAGUGGUAGACCAACAACAAGCACUGAUCCAGGGACAGCCUUCCAAUCAGUUAUCCCUGCAUCCAGAUAUGGUUGAUUUUGUAGCAUCACAGCCGAAUGACAACUAUUUUGCUUUUGAUGAUGAUAUCACACAGGACAGUAUUGUUGAAGAGCUAGUGUUAAUGGAAGAGCAAAUGAAUCUGAACAAUAAUUCUUACAACAAUUGUUUGGGGAUAUCGCUGCAGAGUCAGUCGACAGUUCCCCAGGGGGCAGUCAUGUCAUCUCAUCUAACAGGCAACCCCUUCUACCACUCAGCUCACAGCAGCAGCACUCCGGUUCACACUCCUACUCCUACCCCCACCCCCACACCUACCCCGAACCCGACCCCCACUUCAGAAAUGAUGGGAGGUCAGGGGUUAUCCCGGGAAAGCCCCUGCUCGCGAAUGGCCCAGACGACUCCUGUGGACAGCGCUUUGGGGAGCAGCCGGCACACCCCCAUUGGCACACCACACUCCAGCUGCAGCAGCAGCGUGCCCCCCAGCCCAGUGGAAUGCAGGAACCCUUUUGCUUUCACACCCAUAAACUCCAGCAUAGCCUACCAGGAUGCCAGCAUCGUUUCGAGUAGCCCUGUCAAGCCCAUGCAGAGGCCCAUGGCCACCCACCCAGACAAGGCCAAGCUGGAAUGGAUGAGCAACGGGUACAACAGUGUGGUGGGAAACGCUGCCAUUUCGAACAAUGGCAUCGGAAUUCUACCUAGCUAUCAGGAUCUACUGGAUGACCAAUUCAGAAAGCCGCACGCCUUCGCCAUACCUGGGCAAUCAUAUCAGGCACAGGCAAGGCAUCAUGACGCACACUUUGGCCGCUUGACGCCCAUCUCUCCAGUCCAGCCCCAGGUGGCUUCCAUGUCUAACCUCAGCAAACAGGAAGGUUUUGCAGUUCCCGCUCCCCUGGACAACAAAGGGACAAACUCCUCUACAAGCAACAACUUCCGCUGCCGCAGCGUUAGCCCUGCUGUCCAUCGCCAGCGAAACCUAAGUGGCAGCACCGCCUACCCUGUCUCCAAUCUCCCCAGAUCCAGCGUCAACCCUUUCAGCAGCCCUGUGACUCCAGAGGUUCUCAGCAUACUCACAAACAGCCAUUCGGAUGGCAGUGCCAACAACAUGGCUCAGAGGAGUCAAUCGGUUCCAUUAAAUGUGAUGAUGCUGACGGCGGUCCCACCCAUGCAGAAACAGAGCAACAACAAGAAGAUCACCAACGUGCUGCUGAGCAAGAUGGACUCGGACAGUGAUGACGCAGUAAGGGGCCUGGGCAUCAAUAACAUGCCCUCCAAUUACACGGCCAGGAUGAAUCUCACACAGAUCCUGGAAACCACUCCCAGCUUCCCUAGUGCCAACCACCAGAUCCAGGUCAAUUCCAGUCCUUCAGUAUAUGAAUUCCAGAAGCCAAGUUACCUCCUGAAAAACAGCAGAACUGACCAGGUCAGCUUUUCUUCUGGGGAAACCCAAGCACAGUCAGAUAUUAUAGAACAACAGCAGCAGCAGCAGCAGCAGCAGCAGCAGCUGCAGCAGCAGCAGCAGCAACUGCAGCAGCAGCAGCAACUGCAGCAGCAGCAGCAGCAACUGCAGCAGCAGCAGCAGCAGCAGCAGCAGCAACUGCAGCAGCAGCAGAAUCAACAGCAACUACAUUUCAACAGCACCGUUAAGGACCUGUUAGGAGAUGACGGCCUGAACCCAAGCUCACAGCUCGUGGGCCAGGUGGCGUCAGAACUCAACGCCGUGGUAUCAGAUUUUCCCAGCGAUAUCAGAUUGAACUCUGAACUUUCAAGCAGCAUCAACGAUCUGAACACUUUGGACACAAAUCUACUGUUUGACCCGAAUCAGCAGCAGGGACAAUAUGAAGAUUCUACACUGGAGGAACUGAAAAAUGAUCCGCUUUUCCAACAGAUUUGCAGCGAGUCAGUGAACUCGACCGGUUUUGACUGGUUGGAAAGCAAGGACCAGCCUACAGUUGAAAUGUUGGGUUAAUGUUUUUCUUUCUUGGGUUUUUUUUUUUUUUGGUAAUUAUUCAUGUGAAAGUUGUAUAGCACACUGUAUCAGAAUGUGGACACAUCACAUUUGUCCAGUGAGAAGUGCCAGCCUAAACAGAAACAAUUGCUCCUAAAAUACGUUAUUUAUCAAAAGGUUUGCUGCGCCACAAUAUGUUGAACUGCAAAACAGUUACAAAAAACAAGGUGUAAAUGAUUGUUGUUACCUAUUUCAAUGUAGUGAUAAACUCCUGCUAUUUAAACAGAUCUGAUAAAUACAUACACCCCUUUAGCAAAUAAGCUGUUUAGUUGAAGUAAGAUACAGGAUGAGCUGUAGUAUCAUGUGUGUAGGCUUAAGUUGUUUUCAAACUGCUUUCAAGUGAUAAAACAAAACCAAAAAACAAAUAAAAGACAAAUAAUGGCAGUGUGAUAAUUAAUUUGAUUAUAAACAAGUACUGGUUUUUGCAUUUAUCUGGGAAAUAAGAGGAAUAGUAAUAUCUGUAUUCUUUAUUUUUGGGAACAUUUGAAAUGAGGGACAAGUAAUAGACUAUAUGUAUUGGAGAGAAUGUUGGUAUCUCUCUGAGCCUUAUGAUUAUGAUUUUGAAAUUGUAAGACCAGCAUUCUAAUUGUAACAUACAAUACAGCCUUUUAUGAAUUACAAAGUUAUAGGGCAGCUUUUGAAUCCUAGAAUCCUGAAUUGUUAAGAUCACAUUUUAAGUAGGGGAAGGUAACACAGCCUUUGAACAGUAAGAGGUGUGUUUUUAUUUAUUGUAACAUUUUUCUAAGUCUUCUAUCUCCUCCUAAAGUGGUUGCUGUCCUGUACAGCAGAUUUGUGUAGUAGAGUUCUCUAUGUGCAACAGAAACAUCCUGGCGAAAAAUAUAUGCCAAUAUAGGUCUAAGACUUUGAUUUUCUAAAGAUAAAUAGGUCUCUAUUUUGACAUAUUUAACACAAGACUAAAUGUAUUAAUUAAUGUACCAUACAUUUUAAUGCAAGGGAAAUUGAAACAUUUUCAUUUUAUUAUAAUGCUGGCUGGGAAAAGCUAGAUAGGAUCAAACUAUACCUUGUUUAAAAACAAAGAAAGUUAUUUAUUGUCCAUUUUUAGUCAGAAAUUAAAAGUAAACAUAACAAUACAUUUGACCAAAUUAAGCAGCUGAAUUUCAGGUCUUUGCAUAAGUACUACCCAAAGGCUCAGUUGAAACUUAGGACUCUUAUUUUCUGUUUGUUAAAAAUAUUAAAGAAAUUAAGUGAUUGAGAUAAGGGGAGGGUGAAUAUUAAACAGAGUAGAACACCCCAAACAAUGACAUGGCUUUGUAUGGAACAGUAGGCAUUGCUAUCUGUUCAUAGACUGUGCUUCAUGGCAUUUUAGGAGCUAGCGAUGCAUGCUAAUGUGUAGCAGAGUGUAUAGGUCUGGACAGCUAAUUGGAUCUCAGUUACAUUUUUUAGCCUAUCCUUCAGGCAGGUAACAAGCCAGCUCUGCAUUUCACUGGAGGCUGGUGCUGAUUAUUCAGGGGAUUUUAACUCAUUACCUCUGUCUGAAGGUGUCUGUAUCAACUACUGCAUUGUUGCAAAGCUUGACUGCUUUAACAGAUCCAUUUAAAUAUAUUGUAUAUUUAUUACACAAUUCUGUAUUGCAAUACAUAUUUUCUUUUAGUGAGUCUGUUUUGCUCCCAUACCAAAGAGAAGCCAUCCUAUUUGGACUUGAUAUCUAACUUGUUUGAAUCCAGACUUAUCUAGUGCUUGCCCAUUCAACGAGACCGAUUUUAAAGAGAGAUUUUGAUGUGAAAUAUGAAAGUAAAUAUCUAUAAAAUGGUAUUAAAAUAGCAAAACUGUUAAGGAAGCAAUCAUUUUUAAAGCUGGAGCGCAUAUCUUUCACUAAAAAACAUAGAAAGAUGAAUAAAAAGGUCUGUUGAGAAAAUCGAUAUUGCUAGAUGCGAGUGCUGAUUUGGGACUAUUUUUAUCAUUCAUUUCAUUAUCGAUUUUCAUAAACUAUGUAGGAAAUAUCUCUACUAAACUGAGACACACUGGCCAUACUAGCUAAUAUGCAACAUCUACAUUAUACUGAUCAUUUGGAUCUGUAGCCAGUUGAAUAUUCUAACAAAUUAGUUUAUUUUUAACCCUUAAUAUUGUACAGACAAUAAUGUGUUCACUUUUUCACCGUUAUAAAUGUCUUUGUUGUUUAAAGAUGUAUUCUUAAUUCGCAGUUGGAACAAUAGCAUGCUUAAUAAAUAAAAAAAAUAAAAAAAAAGUGUAGUAUUCUGAGGUAUUAUAAGACGUUUUGUGUCCCCAGACGUUUGCAGCAGACACUGGAAAGAAAAUUGUUUAGUUCAAAGUUCAGCAGGCUUCUGAGGUUCAUACUAUUGCACUAAACUUCUAAAGAACCUAAGGUUUGGCACCUCUUUUGGGACAAAUGCAACAGUUAAAGCCUGCAAAAAAAAACAAUUAUAAAGAACUUCAAUAUGAGAAGUAAAAAAGAAAAAUAAAGGUAAAAUGUCAUCCAAAAAAAUGACAGAUUUGUCUUAUGUAGCAAUGUGCAUUGAUCUCAGUGAGAUCAUUCUUUUACUCAUUCUCUUACACGAGAAUAUACAGCAGGAUUUCAAAACAAAAAAGUUUUGCUUCACCGUGUUGAUACAUGAUCACAAGUGUGCAUGGGUAUUGAACGCUAUUGUACAGUAUUCUUUGUAACCACUUUCUUUGCUCUAAAGAAGACUGGUUCUCCGUUAACCAGACAGGCUUAGUUAUUCACAUAACAAGUUAUUUACAUUGUUUGAUGUUUACUAAUUCUAAUUAGUACUUGUUGAGUGUUCAGUUUUUUAAGUGUUUGUUCUGUUUUUAUUUUAAUUUUUAUUUGAAGUAUAAUAAUCUUUUUGUGCAACAAGUUUUGUUCAUGGGUUUUUUUUGUUUGUUUUUG